CUAGCAAAGGGGGGACUGGUGGAAGAAAUCUGCCUGAAUUUUUGAACGCUCGUCUGAUUUUGACAUCAAAAAUGGUAAGCAGGAAAGUGAUUUUACUUUCUCCUCUCGGGGAGGGGGGAACCGUGAGACAGUUUCCCUCCCCGGCGCGCGUUUGGAAAGCAGAGCCCGCGAGAAGCGAGCAUGCACGGGGUCGAGGAAAUCAGAGAUUUGGAGGAAAAGUUUAGCUGCAGCUAUCCAUUGGGGAGAGCUAAUGCUAAGCGCUAGCUGGCUCGGAUAUGGCCGCUCGGGCCUUGCAUGCUAACGUAGUACGGCUGUGCGUGCAUGGCCAUUGUGGUGAUGCGGCGGCGCUGCUCCUCCUGCUCCUCCUGCUCCUCCUGCUGCCGCUGCUGCUGCUUACCCGCCACAUUACCCAGCAGUGUGCCAGGUACACUGAGACAGGAUGAGAGCAAUCAAAGUUGUGCUAAUCUAAGAACAAAAAAAACAAAAAACAUGGAGGUGUUGCUGUGAUCUGCAUGGCACCCCCGUUCCCCUCCAGUAGCAGAAUGGACGCGUGGCCACAAAGGCGUGGCCUGCAGGCUAUGAACCUGCGGUCAGUGUUUACGGCUGAGCAGCAGAGGAUCCUGGAGCGUUACUAUGACAAUGGGAUGACCAAUCAGAGCAAGGCUUGCUUCCAGCUAAUACUGCAAUGUGCUCAGGAGGCCAAACUGGACUUCAGCGUGGUCCGGACGUGGGUUGGCAACAAAAGGCGUAAGCUCGCCUCUAAGGUAGAACAGAACGGAGGCGUGUCUCAUUCCUUGUCCAGUCACGGACUCGCUGGCGGACUACUCUCCAAUCACACGUUAGCCGGAGCUUCUCUGUCCCAUCCGAAUCUGGUCGUGCUUCCUGCUGAAAUGACUGCCGCAACAGCAAGGAACAUUCAGAACCGCGUGCACCUUCUCCCUCCAUCCUCUUCCUUCCCGUCUUUCUCGUCGGCAUCUUCCUCUCCUUCCUCUUCUUCUCCCCUCAGCAGCGGAAGCAACAACAACAACAACAAUGACGUCAUACUGACCGGGAUCUACUCUCUCAACUCUGUUCCUCGCUCCCGACCAAGACCGGCGCCGCCGCCUCCAUCUCAGUCAGACUCUGAGCUUUCUGCACACACAUCCUCAUCUCUGAUCAACCAGGCCCUGCAGAGCAGGAACACCUCCACCUCCUCCUCUUCAACCCUCCACUCCAAGCUGGUCUCGCUCUCACAAAACCUCCCGACCCUCACAUCAGCCUCAGGACCUUCAGUCUACACUGCAGCCAGGAAAGGAGCUCCAUCCCUUGGGGAGGCAGGGGUAAGUGCAGGAGCAGGGAUAGUACCUCACAGCUGGACAAGGCAGUACGGAACAGCGCAAACUCGCACUUGGUCCUCUUCCUCACAGUUCCAGACUCAACCCAGACCUCACUCCAACCCUCAACCUCAACCACCAACCCCUCAGAAGACUCGGGUCUCCCUCCCAAUACAAAACUCUGCUCCCUCCUCUGAGCAGACGCCUCGUAUCCAGCAGGUCUUCACCUUGUCAGACAGAGGCGAGGGGGACAGACUUAAGCCGAGUCAAGUGUCUACCCGGAAAGGCCAGGAGAGCCAUAAGCCAGCGACCAGUCCCCUGGACACCUGUCACAACUUCUCCAUCGCCAUGGAAACCGGGGAUGAAGAAGACGAGUGGCAAAGGGAAGAGGAGCUGGCAAAUAUGGCCGCUCGGACACAUAUCCACAGGGAGCAGACGUCAGCAAGCCCGACCGGGGUUGAGGUGUCUGUCGUGAGGGGAAGCCUCACACCCCCCAUGACGAGCUCCAGACCCUCACUGCUCCACAGCAACACACCUCUUCAGGGCAGCUACUCCCUCACAGCACAGACCUCAAUUACAGGGGAAUCCAGUACACAGACUUCAUCUAGCGGGUCUGCUACCCCCUGGUUUAUCAGCAACCCCAGAAAAAGAACACUGCAGGAUCGGACCCAGUUCAGCGACGGGGAUCUCAUCCAACUGAAGCGCUACUGGGACCGAGGCAUGACCAGCCUGGGCUCGGUCUGCAGGGAAAAGAUCACUGCAGCGGCGAACCAGCUCAAUGUAGACACUGAAAUAGUCAAGACAUGGAUCAGUAACAGACGGAGGAAGUACCGUCUGAUGGGUAUUGAAAUCCCUCCACCCAAAGGUGGGCCUGCUGUAUUCACCUCAUCCCCAGGAAACGAAUCUCCAGUGGCUCUCAGCCCAGACGAGGAGCGGCUCAGAACACCCGAACUCGGAGACGACCUAAACGACGGGGGAUCUGUCUGCCUGUCUGAAGAUGGCACCAUCGACUCACAACACAGAGACGGAGAAGACGGAAUAGAUGAGCCUGCUGCUCCUCCACUGGCCAAUAAUGUGAAGAUCGAAGUCAUCGAUGAGGACGAGGAGGAAGACGAUUAUGAAUUAGUGGCGUCAGACCUCGAGCAAAUGCAGGGCCUGCUGGAAUUCAAGCAUGAGGAAGUGCAGUUCUUAGAGAAUGAGCUAGAGAACCAAAAAGUAAAAUACCAGGAGCUUGUGAGCUUCACGAAGAGCCUGCUCAGCGCUGUGAGGAAUAAUGACCUGGAGAGACAGCAGGAACUCAUGGCCAGUCUACCUCAGCCUUCAGACCAGGACUGGGACAUGACUGUGGAGAGAGGAUCCCAGCCUGCAGCCUCAGCAGACGAAUCCUCCAACCACGACGACUCCCAGGCGAGCGGCGCGGAGACUCCGUCGGUCCCAACAUAUGAAGAUGUCCCGCCGGUCACUGUAAAUGAAGACGACACAACAACUGAAGUUUCUGAGCCCUCUGCAUCAGAGGAGCAACUGCCUGAGGCAGUUUCAUAACAAAAGCAUCUAUCUCAUGUACAUCAGCUCACAUAGAGUCAUACUGAUGUUUCCAUGCUCCACACAGAAGCUCUUUUCACACAAGAAUGGGGGACUACAUGGUUUUACAUUCACACAAAACACUCUGGUAAACCCAUACUACACGCCCAGUGCCUGUGGAUUGAUGCUUCACUAUGACUGUUGGGCUGACAAAUGCCUUUUUUACUGCAUAUCAUUCGCCUUGCUCUGGAGCUGUCCAGAGAGAACAAUAAACGACCUCUAACUUA